GAACCAUGAUUGUAUUCUUCCUUUCGUCUCAAGUGUAGACUUUUUAUUUGUUUGUUGGGUGAAACUGGUGCGGAGAGAUGGUUGCUUCCACACAACGUAUUCAGUGUGUUCUCGUUCCGACGUGACAACAGUUACUAUACCAGCAAUGAACCGAGCAAGACCGUCGCAAGCUAGAAUGGGGAGCAGUACUCGCCUGUCGAGCAGUCGAAAGGGCGAGGACACCAGCGAUGCGGACGGCCUAGAAAGUCGAGGUGUGUCGCCGCUUGAUCCCAGAGUCAAACUUGCCGCUGCAUGGCACGAAGGUCGACCGGAGGGCCCGCCAAUAUUCCGCAUGCAUGGUACUUCUUCACGUACCGACGGAAGACAGCGGCUGGACCAUAGAGGAGUGCGCGGUAGUUCCGCCUCAAACGGCAAUCGGCUUUUGUCGGCAGCUCUGCAGCGAAAUGAAGAGAGUUUCGCUAGCCGCUACGGACCCAAGACGGUUAUCCUAGUCGACAGUGAUGAUCAUCUGAGCAGUAUGUUAGAUGAAUCCUACGUGAGACUCAACAUGAAAUGUCAGAAGAAACACGAGUACAGCAUAGCCAUCGGGGCAUAUCCGUCAAAGUAUUUGGCAUGGGGAGAAGCUAGGAGAUUUGUGCCAUUCACUGGCUUCAUGAAAGCGACAGAGGACAGUCAACUCCUCGCACAUGGUAUGGGCAGUUUUACACUGGGAACGGGUGAUCACUACUGCGGCCAGUUCACCAAGGGAGAGCUGACUGGCUAUGGGAAACGCUUCUACGCACGUACGGGUAGCCAGUACGUUGGUGAAUUUCUCGAGGGAGAACCUCACGGCAGAGGAGUGAUGUCGUACAGUGAUCAUCCGACAUUGAUAACUUUUUCGGGAGAAUGGAGACUCGGUUUUUAUCAUGGACAUGGAGAAGUGCUGUAUAAGGAUGGAAGUGUCUUCAUGGGUAACUUCAAACAGCAUCGUAUCCAUGGUGACGGUCACUUCAAAGGCGUAGAUGGAGUGGAGUAUCGAGGACGGUAUGCCGAUGGCAAGUGCAAUGGCUGGGGAAAGUGCACCUACCCCGAUGGCAGAGUAUAUGAGGGUGUGUGGAAAGAUGGUGUUCGGCAUGGCCCUGGUCUCAUAACCAGUCCAAGUGGAGUGCGCUACAACGGACCGUGGGAAAACGACAGGCCAGCAGGCUAUCCUUUAUCGCUUUGCUGGGCUGGAAGCGGUGAUGGUUUGACAUUACCACUGGGCUGUGCAGUCAGUAUAGCCGUGGCUAUCAAGAACAGCAGACAACAGACCAUGCAUGGAGAGAGCGGCCGUCAGAUAACAAUCAAAGCGUUUCGCCGCCUGAACAAGAAGAAAUCUUUUCAAGAAAUGGAGCAGCAAGAUGAGAUAGAGAAGCUGAUAUACACCAAACUUGGUUUCAAUGUCACACGAGCUUGUAUCUGCAGAUACACACCGCCUGCCAAGCAAGAAAAUGUCAUCUCGGAGAAGGAGGUAAUCACUCUCCCUGAUCCGUUCGCCGAAUCGCCUAAACCGCCGACGCCGUCAAGUGAACAAGAAGGCAACACUCCGUCAGAUCCCCUGCGCCCAUCCAAAGAUGACAAGCCAUCAACGCCCAACACUGGCGAUUCUCCAUCUCCACGCGCCGACUCCGUUAACCGAUCAGGGUCUGAGAAGAGCCUAGGGACCAAGCGAGUACGAGUGCGUCGUAACUACGCAGGUGCUCAUGAGAAACUGGCCGACGUUCUUGCCAAUCUGGAAGCUUCCAUGGAGCAUGUGUUUGCUCUGAAUCCGGGAGUGCGCAAGAUUGACGUUAGAUUUGAGUACGUGAAGAGGGAGAGCAAUCGUCUCAUUGACCUGAAACCGCUGCACGGUGGACGGAUGCGGAACGGUUACUUUGUCUUUCCAAACGUUUUCAUUCAACCGCAUGAUACGAUAAAUGAAGACUUUGGUGAUAAUUACAUCGAACAGUUGUUGGAGGAGCAGGAGAGGGAGGAGCGCAUGACAUCGGCCUUUACAUCAUCUGACAUCGCUCCACUAGUCAUGCACAGUGAUGAACCCAACACAGCUACCAAGGUAUCUGCACCGCAAGUGUGUACACGGCCUGGAAUACAAUUUGAUCCCUUUGCCUACUUUAGAUCGCGCUUUUUACCAAGCCUGCCCGGAACGGCUCUCAGACUAGGAGAGUACGGGCCAGCAAUCACUGCCACUACCACCAAUGCUAAACCUGCUCGAAGGAAAGCACCAGCCGCAGGAGGAGAAGCAGUGAAGAAAGCAAAGAGCCAAGCAAGAGAAGCGAAGAACAUGCAGGCGGUGGAGUGGCCGAAGACACACGGACAAUGGCUGGAUCUACCACCAGCCGGGGACGCCGCAGAUGACAUGAACGCCGAGCAGCUAGCGGCUGUCGCGCUUCAGCAGCACUAUUCCCACGGCAACAAGCACUGGCGACGCGAUCGACUUGUCUACUACUCCAAGCCUGAAGUUGCGCCAAAGUUCAAGCGCUUGGACUUCAUCCAAAGGCCAGUGCUAGUAGAUGAGUUGCCGGUUGACUUGCCGCGUCCCAUCUAUCGUGCCAUUCCUAAAUACAUGUAUGAACAGCAGCAGCAGUGUGAGAAUGUCAGCAGUGCACCACCGCUGGACUAUACAGUGAUAGCACCUACUAACACUGGUGCUCGGCCAUUCUCUCCCAUCAUCACCCAGUGGAAGAACGGCCAACGUGUGACACACCUGCCUGAGCCUAAGUUUCCCGUGGCACCGCGAAGGUUACUGCGACCGGAGCACUGCACUUGCUUUCAGCCGAAAGAGGAAAUAGGUUGGGAGCAACCUUGGAGCCACAAACACAUGCCACCGAGUCGAAUCGUUGACAGUAUGUUCUGCACUGAAGGCGACUAUGUGCUAGUUGUGGAAGAUGUAACCCCGGGUGUUUUACCGUAUGGACAAUGUCUUCCGCCCUGUGUAUUGCAUAUCAAAGUAGAGCGUGACCGGUCGCAGGUGUUCAUCCUUCAGUCUCCCGUACAUGGUGGAGAUGAGAAGCAAGGCAGUGAGGAGUCGACAGUCUUUGGUGAAAACACUUCACUGCUUAGGCCAGGAACUGGUGAGCAAACAGCCGCAGACAUGACACAAAGCCAUGGUGGUAAUGCCUCUGUCCAACCACAGCCGAGCACAACUACUUCCGACUCUAAACUCAAAGAACAAUCCAAGCAGAAUGUGAAGCAACUCCCGAAUGAUAUACCCGCCAGUGGCUCAGACCAACAAGCACGCGAGGAAAGUCGACACUCGGAACGACUGCUGGAAACCGGGUCUCCAAAUGCAGACAUGAACACAGAGACCUUUAUGAUGUCAAUCUGUAAACCCCGCAGUAUUAUUGAACAAUUUGUUCAUGACCGAGCCACUGCCAACCCGCACGAGGACUACAACACGUUCAAGACGUUCAACUGGUCCCGGUAUCCGGCAACCCGCUACCGGGAGGCGUGGGUCGAGUUUGUCAAGUUCCACUGUGUUUACUACUUCAACAAGCAUGCGGGUAGCGAAGAUGCAAUGCUCAAAGAUGCGUGGGUGCGCUUUCAACAGGAGUACUUUGCACGAUUCGGCGCUGAUGAGAGUGAGGACAAGAGUCGUGUGAAGGAAAAACGCCACUGCCCUACUCUGCGUGGCUGGCAGGGCAAUGACAGUGUGUUGGCCGAAUAUCGCCGCUGCUGGCCACUGUGGUUCAACUCAGCGGAGGAGAUGGAGACCUACGUUGCCAUGGAGAUGAACAAGCUAGAGCACCGUGCUAAUCUAGGAUGAUCGGUCAGUGCGGCUAUGUCAUGUGAUCGACAGUGUUAUGUGACCAGGUAUGUCAUGUGAUCGACGGUGUCAUGUGAUCGACAGUGUCAUGUGAUCGACAGUGUCAUGUGGUCGACAGUGUCAUGUGAUCGACAGUGUCAUGUGACCAGCUAUGUCAUGUGAUGAAUGCUGACCUUCAUACGAGCUGUUUGAGUACUUUACCAGUCUUGGCUUAGAUUGGCUAUUUUCCACCA